CUGGGGUGUGGAGGGAGCAGAUAUUCUGGGAUAUCACUGCUAGCACUCUGUCGGGAAACGUGUUUCUUUGGCAUUUUUCAAACGCAAAUCUCACGGAGAAUUUUGUACCACUUGAUGGUGAGAGGGGAUCGUUGCAGGGUUGAAUGGGGACGGUUCUUUUCUGGCCCUGCAGCUCUCCUAGAAGCGACUGGCGAUAAUGGUCUUGGUGCGUUGCCGUUUUACUUGGGUGGAUUCAGUUUCCUCUCCAUCUCAGCACAGCCGGAGCUGAGAGAGCGGGAUCUGGUAGGCCUGCUGGCAGCGACCUCCUGAGGGAUCAUCUUCAAGGGAUCUUCUUUGGAGUUGUUCUGUGCAUGGCAAGGAUCUACUUUCUUGCUGCCUCACUGAAAUUGCAUGGCCUAAACGAAUGAAUAUUUUUAUGAGGCGCCUUGCACCAGAGAUGGGCCAGGACCAAACCAAGCAGCAGAUAGAGAAGGGCCUGAGGUUGUAUCAGUCCAAUCAGACAGACAAAGCCCUGCAUGUCUGGACAAAAGUGCUGGAGAAGACCUCAGAUCCUGGAGGGAAGUUUCGGGUGUUAGGGUGCCUGAUCACGGCUCACUCAGAAAUGGGAAAAUAUAAAGAUAUGCUCAAGUACGCUCUAGAUCAAAUCGACACAGCCAGAGAAAUGGAGGACCCAGACUACCUGACAGAAGGCUACCUGAACUUGGCGCGCAGCAAUGAGAAGCUGUGCGACUUCCAGAAAACGGUGUCCUACUGUAAGACCUGCUUAAACAUGCAGGGCACCACCGUCAGCCUGCAGCUCAACGGCCAGGUCUGUCUCAGCAUGGGCAACGCCUUCCUGGGCCUCAGUGUCUUCCAGAAAGCUCUGGAGAGCUACGAGAAGGCCCUGCGCUACGCACACAACAACGAUGACAAGAUGCUGGAGUGCAGAGUCUGCUGCAGUCUGGGAAACAUUUAUGUCCACCUUAAGGACUAUGAGAAAGCCCUGUUCUUCCCAUGUAAAGCAGCUGAGCUUGUCAAUGACUACGGCAAGGGUUGGAGCCUCAAGUAUCGAGCCAUGAGCCAGUACCACAUGUCUGUCGCCUACAGGAAACUAGAGCGCCUGCCAGACGCCAUGGAGUGCUGUGAGGAGUCGAUGAAGAUUGCUCUGCAGCACAGCGACCGUCCUCUGCAGGCUCUGUGCUUACUAAACUUCGCAGACAUACACCGCUGCAGGCGUGACGUUGAUAAAGCAUUCCCUCGCUACGAGUCUGCACUGGGUAUCAUGACUGAGAUUGGAAACCGUCUCGGACAAUCACACGUCUACCUGGGAGUUGCAAAGUGUUGGCUUCUGCAAAAAGAAUUGGACAAGGCUCUUGAUUCUUUGCAGCGAGCACAGGAAUUGGCAGAUGGGAUGGGAAACAAGCUGUGUGCGCUGAAGGUGCACUGCCUGAGUGAAGGGAUUUAUCGGACCCGGGGGCAGCAGGAGGAGCUCAGAGAGCAGGUGGUGAAGUUCCUGCAGUGUGUCGAGGAGCUGGAGCUCUACUGCGGCAUGUGUGGAGAGUCCAUCGGGGACAGGGACCAAAAACUGCAGGCCUUACCCUGUUCCCACAUUUUCCAUCUCAAGUGUCUGCAGACGAACGGCACGAAGGGUUGUCCUAAAUGUUUCAAGUCCUCCAUGAAGCCUGGAUUUGUGUGAUUGUGAGACUGUGUUUGUGCGUUGGAUCUGCAGACGAAGCGUGAAGCCUCACAGGCUCCUGGCUGAUCUGAGAGAAGCAGGCAG